AUGAGCUCAGAUCGUAAGCUCAUCACCAUCUUCGGGGGUACAGGCAAGCAGGGUGGUUCCGUGGCUCAUUCGCUGCUUCAAAACCCGGACUUUAGAGUACGUGUAAUUACUCGAAACGCUGAGUCCGAUGCCAGCCUAAAGCUUGCUGCCCUCGGCGCCGAGAUUGCUCAAGGAAACGGAUUUACUAGCGACGACAUGCUGUCAGCAUUUAGUGGCUCUUGGGGAGCAUUUGUCAACAUCAACUCUGAUGACAAGGUCUUCGCUACUGAAGAUGGGCCAACAGAGUUCGACAUGGGCAAGAUAAUCGUUGAUUCCGCUGUGGCGGCGGGCGUGAAGCAUCUCGUAUUUAGCUCUGGCCCCCCUUGCACGGAGAUGACGAAUGGCCGAGUACGAAUGAAGGCAAUGGACAUGAAGAACAAGAUUGAGAAUUACGCAAAGACCCUUGAAUCUUUCGAGACCUUUACCCCUAUUGGCGCCGGGUGGUUUCUAGAAAACUUCCUCGGCAAAGAGGUCGCUCCUAUGUUCGGAGGAUUUCCCCAUUUCACUGAUGACGACGGAUACCUUACUUUCAAAGUGCCAUACUGGGGUGGAGAUGAGCAUGUUCCAUGGUUGAGCAUCUCAGACGACUUCGGAGAUAUCGUUCAUGGUAUCUUCCUAGACCCUGGUCGAUGGAACGGUCACUUCGUUCACGGUGUCAGCGACAUCCGCAGUUUUGAACAGAUCGUGGCGGAUUUCACCGCGGUUACAGGACACAAAGCGCGGUUCCAGCCCAUCUUACCGACGUGGGAGGCCUUUGAUACGCAUGGAAUCCAGGAGCUUGAGGACGUGAAGCUCAUGUUUGGCUUCACGCAGCUGACGGGCGGCCGGUACUUCGGGCUGGAAGACACGGAGGUCGAUACCGCCAGGCAAUUGAAGCAGAUCACAGCGUCGAAGUUGGGUCGGCCGGAAGAACAGCACAACUUGACUUCUGCGCGUGAGUGGUUUGCUGCGAGAUUUGCAAACUAG